GAUGGGUACUAAUCAAUCAAAACGACAUCCACGAUUUCAGUCAUGCACAUGGGAUGAAUUUUUGGCCGAUAUUAAGGAAAUGAACCGAAAUUAUCGCAGUCUUCUUGUCGAAAACGAGGAGUACUUGGCCUUCGCUCUCCGGAACAUUGACUAUCAGCGUGAAGGAUAUGAAAACUGGAAGUCAGAGAUUAAAAUUCUCUGCUGCAAGGUUAAUCAAAUGUCGAAGCAAGUGUUAAACUACAAGGAGCUGACGUUUCGCGAGUUUCUCUCCACAUAUGAUCUACAUAAGCUGAUGAUCACCAACAAGGAAAGCCGUAAAAGAAGCGUGGAUCCCAUGUCGACUAGUCAAUUCAUUUUGACUCAAACAUCGGAUGUCGAGGGUAACUGCGUGAUUUGUAUGGAAAACAUCAACGAUUUGCUUCUCCCGUGCCUCCACGCCUUUUGCAUCCGAUGCAUCGCCAACGAAAUGGAAUACCGCCACGAUUUCUCAUGCCCGAUUUGCAAGACAAAGAUCAGAAACCCCAUCGAAUCAUCUUGGGAGGUGCCAGAUGCUCCAGACCAGGCUGAAGUGAACGAGUAUUUGAAGGAAAUCGCCCGUGAAACUUGAUCUAAACUAUAUUCAACUAGCUCCAAAUCUCUCUCGCCUCCGCUCACUUUUCCUGUCUGAUUUUUCUCACAUUUCUCAUUCGUUGUUUCUUGGAAAACGUUAUUUUUAUUUAUUCCAUUUAUAAGUUCAAAACUUACCAUAACUCCAUUAACGGUUCAUUGUUCAUUCUCAGCCUUAGCCAUUUUUUUUCCUUCUUUCUCGGUUUCGAUGUGCGCCUAGCGGUUUCUUGUGAGUAGCUCACAGUCGAAUAUUUUUUUAGUGGGGGCAGUGCAAAUUAGUUUUUUAACUGGUGUUUGGUAAUUUCUGGGCACUAAUGGUAGAAAUUAUUUUUGCACUGCCGCACUUCUCAGGUCCAAAUUCCAAAUGUUUCAACUCAUUUUUUUUGUAUUCAAAUGAUGUAUACUUUGUUACCAUGUAAAUAUCUGAAUAAAGCACGUUCAACCUUUUU